AUACAAAUCAUUGACUUCAUAAAUGGCAAACGAGAAUCGUCUUGAUAUAAUUGUCUUUGGAGCUACCGGCUAUACCGGAGGAUAUGUGGUUGAAAGUCUUAUUGCUACAAUCGACAAAGAGAACCCUAAUCUGACUUGGGGUGUUGCUGGCAGGAGUGAGAAAAAAACAACAGAAGUCUUGAAUGAGGUAUCGAAGCAUGUCGGAAAAAGCCUCGUUGGAGUCGAGGUGAUUGUAGCAGAUGUUAAGGAUGAAGACUCCAUUCUAAAAAUGUGCAAACGAGGCCGGAUUAUUAUCAAUUGUGUGGGACCGUAUAGUCUGUACGGGGAAGUUGUUGUGAAAAACUGUAUUUUAGCUAAGUCACAUCACGUUGACCUCGCUGGUGAAGCAUUUUUUCUCGAGAGCAUGCAACUCAAGUAUCACGACAAAGCUGUAGAGGCAGGUGUUUUUAUUGUUGGCUCAUGCGGAUUCGAUAGUAUUCCGGCUGACCUUGGCAUCAUCGAACUACAAAAAAAUUGUACGGGUGAAAUUGCCUGGAUUGAAACUUUUGCCAAAAUUACAGCUGGUAAAAGUGGUAGUGUUAUUAAUCACGGAACUUGGGAUUCUGCCGUUCAGUUCAUCGCCAAUUUAAGUAAAAUGAAACGAGUUCGACGAGAACUCUAUGAGAGUUUCUUUAAAGUGAGUUUUCCAACCUUCACCCACAAAUGUAAGCAAAAAUAUUUGCCAUAUACACCACCAGAAAUAGGAGAAGUGACCGUGCCGUUUUGGGAAACUGACAAAUUCGUUGUGAAAAGGACCCAAUUGGAAAAUUUUAUUCAACACAAGAGGCGACCAAUUCAAAUGUCCGCUUAUUUGGUGGUUGGUUCGUGGUUAAAAGCAUUUGGAAUGUACAUGUUUGCCAUACUAUUUGGAACAUUCGCUUUCUUUGCAUGCGGUCGAAAGUUGCUAAACAAAUAUCCGUCGUUCUUCAGUGCUGGUAAUGUUUCUCUUAACGGCCCGACACGUAAACAAGUGACGGAGGCAAACUUUGAAAUGACUAUUGUUGGACAUGGUUGGAAAGAUAAGUUAAAAUCUCCAACUGAGGAACCGCACUCACCACCCGAGCAACUUAUUGUUGGUCGAUGGCGUGGACCAGAAGCCGCUUAUGCAGCUACUUCUAUUUUUCUCAUGCAAGCGGCAAUAACAAUAUUGAAGGAAAACAAUACCAUUGAAUAUAAGGGAGGAGUUCUCACACCCGGCCUAGCAUUUGAACAUACUACGCUGGUGGAAAGGCUCAGGCGUCAUGGAGUUUUGUUUGAACUAAUUAACAAAAUAAAAUAGAGCACUGGAGUGCGUUGAG